AUGAUGCUUGCGGUUCGCUGUCGGCUGCUCGUGGCCCGGCCCUCCCUUUUUCCGCUCAGACGGAGCUCAUUUAAUGGGCAGCUUGUGAUCGCGAGACUAUACAGCCAGGUGAACAAGGGUGUGUCUUCAAAUUCGCUGCUUGAAAAUACACGAAAUAUUGGAAUAAUUGCCCAUGUAGAUGCGGGCAAAACCACCACCACAGAGCGAAUGCUCUACUAUAGUGGUGUUACUCAGAGAGUGGGUGAUGUCGAUGCUGGAAACACUGUCACUGAUUUUCUUGACCUUGAAAGGCAAAGAGGAAUCACGAUCCAAUCAGCAGCCAUUACUUUCCACUGGCCUUUGGAAGUAAACUGUCCCCCCGGAACGCAGCCGAAGACGGUGAAUCUGAUCGACACCCCUGGGCAUCAAGACUUUCGAUUUGAGGUUGACAGAUGCCUGCCGAUUCUGGAUGGUGCGGUCUGUAUCAUCGAUUCCGUAAAAGGAGUCGAGGCUCAUACGGAACGUGUGUGGGGAUCAGCCCAUGAAUUCCGGAUCCCGCGAAUAGUGUACUGUAACAAGCUUGACCGCGAAGGUGCAUCAUUCAAAAGAGCCGUCAUGGAGAUUGGGUCUAGACUUAAAGGGUGGCCUCUUGUCUGCCAAAUCCCGUGGUGGGAGAAGGAGGAGUUUGUCGGUGUCAUUGACAUUGUGGAUCGUGUUGGAUACCGAUGGAAAUCAGAACGUGACAAGAUUCAAUAUGAUACAGCAACCCUCAAAGAACACCUAGGAAGCUCUAACCGAAGUCUUCUGGAAGAAAUCGAACUCGCAAGACAGCGUUUGGUGGAGGGUUUAGCAGACUUCGAUGAUGCAGUCAUGGAGGAGUUUCUUGCUGAGACGGAAGAUAUAUCAGCCUCCCUCCUCAAACAAGCGAUCCGAAGAGCCAUUAGAGAGGGAGACGGCAGUGUGAUCCCGGUGUUUGCAGGGUCUAGCUUCCGCCACAUUGGUGUCGAGCCUCUGAUGGAUGCGAUCGUUGACUACCUUCCAAACCCAGCUGAGAGACCAGACGCAGACGUGCGACUUGGUGCCACGAAGCGUAAGUUGAGGGAAACGCUGCAAGAGAAGGAUAAGAAAGGAUCUAAGGCCAUAGUUGCAUCUGUCGCAUCAGUCUUCAAGGUCUUUGACCACCCGAAAGAGGGGAUCAUCAGCUUCGUGCGUGUAUACCAUGGCACUAUGGGUAGAAAUGCCUCUACAUUCAAUACGCACCUAGGAUUGCUGGAACGCCCGAUGGGAAUCUUGCAAAUUUCAGCAAACAAGACUCAGGAUAUCCAGGAUCUUGCCGUCGGACAGAUUGGAGCUUUGAGAGGGUUAAAGAAGGCCAGGACUGGAGAUACGCUUAUCACGACAGUAAACAACAAAGGUGUUCCAGAGGCCCUGCGACAUAUUCAGGUCCGUCCGCCGGAGAUUCCACCACCCGUUGCCUUUCUGCAAGUUGAACCGUUCGGUAAUGUUGCUGCGCAAGAGCUCCAGACUGCGCUGGAAAAUGCAUCUCGAGAAGACCCGAGUCUUCGUUGGAGCCGGGAUUCAAAGACGGACCAAUUUACGAUUCAAGGAAUGGGAAAAUUGCAUUUGGAUGUUUCUCUGCACAGCAUGAGGCAGAAAUACAAAAUUGAUGCCGAGUUUGGUCCUAUCGAAGUUGACUACAAAGAGACUCUCACAGAGCAAACGCAGCCCCAUCAUACUGUGUUUGAUCGUGCCGUUGCAAGCAAAUCUGGCAAGGCUGCUUGUACAGUUACACUGAGACCAAUAGAGCCUGAUGAGCACGGCUCCCUGCUUGAGUCUGGAAUUGAAAAAGAUGGAAACAUUUAUCAGAUCGAUGUGCCUGAGCUGGAUAAUUCGAAGGAAUUUACCUUCGACCUGGAGGAAGCACGACAUCAUCUGCUGAACGGCGCUCUUGCUGCAACAGCUCGAGGACCAAGGCGAGCAUCUCCCAUUCAUGGUUGUUUGAUCUCAGUCACACUCGACACAUCCGAAGGGAUGCUUGAGAACCCUUCAGGCGGGCAUUUCAGUGGCGCCUCGCGAUCUGCAGUCCAGGCAGCGCUCCGAGACGCGUUUGAGAAGCACCAAAUCGCUAUCCUCGAGCCAUUGAUGCUCGUGCACAUCACGUGUCCUGAGGCCGUUGCUGGUACUGUCCAGCACGAUAUUACAGCGGGGGCGGGCGGUAGUGUUUUGGAGGUGAACGACAGAACCGCCGAGGCAGCAACCGAUGAGUUGAUAGAUGUCUCUAAAAUUUACGCGCCGCCAGACCCCUACGAAUCGGUGACUUCUCUCCGGGGCAAGAAGUCAUUGACACGGGUGGUGGAGAUUGCUGCCAAGGUCCCCUACAAGGAGAUGUUGAACUACGAUGACCAUUUGCGAAGCAAGACGGCUGGCAGACACUCCAUGACUAUGUCAUUUGACUCAUUUGCUAGAGUAGUGGGACAUCGCGAAAAGGGGCUCUAG